ACUUUUACAAAUAAAACCCUCUCCAGAUCUCUUUAUAAAUAUGUAGACCUUCACUUAAUUCUUUUUAAGUCUUUCUUUCUUUUAAACAUCCAAAGUCCAAAAUAACAUGGGUGGUUCUUGCAAUGAAAGAAACUUUAAUGACAUAAGAAGAGGGCCAUGGACACUCGAGGAAGACAAUCUUCUUAUCCAUUAUAUCACAUGUCAUGGUGAAGGCCGAUGGAAUUCGUUGGCAAAAUCUUCAGGGUUGAAAAGAACCGGCAAAAGUUGUAGGCUAAGAUGGUUAAACUAUUUAAAACCGGAUAUUAAGCGAGGAAAUCUUACUCCGCAAGAACAAUUCUUAAUUCUUGAACUCCAUUCCAAGUGGGGUAAUAGAUGGUCAAAAAUUGCAUGCCACUUGCCAGGAAGAACAGAUAACGAGAUCAAGAACUACUGGAGAACAAGGGUGCAAAAACAAGCACGCCACCUUAAGAUUGACGCCAAUAGCAAGAGGUUUGUGGAAACACUUAGAAGAUUUUGGAUGCCAAGAUUACUUGAAAAGGUUAAACAAAAUUCUUCAUUGUCAUCAUCAUCGCCAUCAUCAUCAUCAACUUAUUCUACAUCAACUAGUGAAACUAAUCAAAACCACUUAAGCUUUCUACAAGUAGAACAAAUCCUAAUGCCAUUACCAUCAUCAUCAUCUCCACAACCUUCAGAAAUCGAAAACCCUAAUUCAAGUUCAAGCAUUUUUUCAUCGGAUUCUAUAUCAAAGUUGAGUGAAAGUUCAAACAUCCAUAUAAACCCUAACAGGGACAUCGCUUGCUACAACUCAUCACUCCAAAACAAUGACUGUUACCAUGUGGAUAACAAUAAUUUUGACAUGGGGUUCAACCAUUUAGACAUGCAAGCAAUAGGAGCUAGUGACAUGUUAGCUUCAGAAGUCCAGGUGGCUGAAGGGGAUUGGAUGAAUGAUGCUGACUUGGCCAACACAUUUUGGAACAUUGAUGAAUUGUGGCAUUUUAGUAAGUAGAAUAGUCGAAUGACAGAUGUAUGUAUCUUCCUACUUUAAAAGGUAAUUGCUUUUUACAUUCUAAAAUCUAGAACAGUGUUAUUAUAAUGAGUUGUAUAUUAAAAGGUAAUUGCUUGUAUAUGUACAUUUGGACUUAUGGAAUAAUGAUUAUUUUAAUAUUUAA